GCGCCGCCUGCGGCCCUCGUUUCCGCCGAUGGCACCCCGAUGGCAGCUGUGGCUGAGUUGCGCUGCCUGGGCACCGCGCCGCUGCGUCUGCUUGAGUGGAGGGUGGCGGCGGGCGCGGCCGUACGCAUCGGCUCGGUGCUAGCAGUAUACGAGGCCGCCGCCUCCGUGCUGCCUCGGGGGUGCUGCAGGCGCUCCGCGCGGACCGAGGGAAGGCUCAGGUCGGAACGCGCCGGCGUGGUGCGAGAACUGUGUGCGCCACCAGGCCAGGUGGUGGCCCCCGGAGCCCUUCUGGUGAGAUGGGAAGGAUGUGGCCAUCCAGUUGUCAUGAAGGGCCUUUGUGCUGAAUGUGGCCAGGACUUAACCCAACUGCAGAGUAAAAAUGGGAAGCAGCAGAUGCCGCUGUCCACAGCGACUGUGUCCAUGGUCCACAGUGUGCCAGAGUUAAUGGUGAGCUCUGAGCAAGCUGAAAAACUUGGAAAGGAAGAUCAGCAACGACUACAUCGAAACAGAAAACUAGUCCUCAUAGUUGAUUUGGACCAGACUCUAAUCCACACAACAGAGCAGCACUGUCCACAGAUGUUAAACAAAGGCAUCUUUCACUUCCAGCUGGGCCAGGGUGAGCCGAUGCUGCACACGCGCCUGGGUCCUCACUGCAAGGACUUCUUGGAGAAGAUGGCCAAACUGUAUGAGCUGCAUGUCUUCACUUUUGGCAGCCAGCUGUAUGCACAUAUGAUCUCAGGCUUUUAGACGCUGAAAAGCUUUUUUUCUCAUUGAAUAUUAUCACGGGAUGAAUGUAUUGACCCGUUUUCUAAAGCAGGAAACCUUAAAAAUCUCUUUCCUUGUGGAGACUAAAUGAUUUGCGUUAUUGAUGACCAAGAGGAUGUCUGGAAGUUUGCCCCCAACCUGAUAACUGUGAAGAAAUAUGUGUACUUCCCAGGCACAGGUGAUAUGAACUCACCCCCUGGGUCCUGGGAAUCUCAGAUGAGAAAGAAAGUAAAUCAUUCUUCUAAAGAUGCCGAUGUCUUGGAACAAGUUCCAUCUGAAGACCCUGAGGAAGGCAGACACUUUCCUGGGGUGGAGCAAAACAAUGGCCUUGGGAAACCCACUUGGGAACUAAAUGGUGGUGAGGUAGUGCCAGGGGCUUCUGAUAAGGCAGAUGAGAGGGACUCCUGGCCCCCUGCCCAGGCCCCCUCCUCCAUCAGCCCCAGCAGUUGUGAGCUCGCAGAUAUUCCCGAGUCCCAGGCAACUUGUGAACAGGAUGGUGAGACCUCACCAGGGGCACAGCCCCCUCAGGGCACCUCUGGCACAGAUUUGGAUUUUGACUUGUCCAGUGACAGUGAGAGCAGUGCAUCAGAAGGUCAGAAGGCCUCUUCCACCUCUGAUGGGGAAAGUGAGGAGAAGAGAGGCCAGGAAAAGCCUCCAGCCACCUAAGAUGGAGCAAGACUACCUCAGCAGGGAGGUACCCCUGAUAUGAGCAGAGAAAAACUUGCAGGAGCUGGGCCCCUUGGAGAGUCUGGGGCUGGAGUCCCUGUGCACAACAAAGGGCCAGACCUGGAUGUGCAGGAGGAGGGUGAGCGGGAUGGCCUCUGUGGCCUGGGCGAUGGCUGUGUGGACAGGAAGGAGGCUGAGACAAAGUCACAGAACAGUGAGCAGUCAGGCAUCACUGCAGGUGAGUCCUUGGACCAGAGUGUAGAGGAGGAAGAGGAGGACACAGACGAUGAUGACCACCUGAUACACCUUGGGGAGAUCCUUGUGCGUGUGCACACUGGUUAUUACACAAAAUAUGACAGGUACCUCGACAAGGAGCUUGAGGAAGCUCCAGAUAUACGGAAGAUAGUUCCUGAACUCAAGAGUAAGGUGCUGGCAGAUGUGACUGUGAUAUUCAGUGGCCUACACUCAACAAACUUCCCAGUAGAGAAGACUCGGGAGCACUACCAUACCACAGCCCUAGGUGCCAAGGUCCUGACCCAACUGGUGCUGAGCCCUGAUGCCCCUGACAGGGCUACCCACGUGAUCGCGGCAUGGGCUGGCACAAAGAAGGUGCGCCAGGCACAGGAGUGCAGGCACUUGCAUGUGGUCAGCCCUGACUGGCUGUGGAGCUGCCUGGAGCGCUGGGACAAGGUGGAGGAACAACUCUUCCCCCUCACUAACGACGACACCCGGGCACACAGGGAGAACAGCCCAGCAGCUUUUCCUGACAGGCAGAAUGUGAUUCCAACAGCAUUGCUCCACCCAACACCCAUCCAUCCCAAGGCCCAGCCUGGCCCUGAAGUCCAAAUCUACAGUUCCAACACUGGAAAGCUCAUCAGAAUGGGUGUGCCAGGGCCCCCCAGUUCCCUGUCUGUCCACAGGGAGCCCACCUCCUUCAGAGCUGUUCUGCCACAUCAGCAGCAGAUGUUUGGUGAAGAGCUCCCUGAUGCUCAAGAUGGAGAGCAGCCUGGCCCUGCCAGAAGAAAGCGCCAGCCCAGUAUGUCAGAGACAAUGCCACUGUAUACUCUUUGUAAGGAAGACUUAGAGAGUAUGGACAAAGAGGUUGAUGACAUUCUUGGAGAAGGCAGUGAUGACAACGACAGCGAGAAGAAGAAGCCAGAACAGGACGAUGAGCAGGAAAGGGCACCUUGGCCCAGGAAGCCCAAGGCACCAGGGCCCCACAGGGAACAACCUCUUGGAUCUUCUUCAUCCAGUGAGAGGAGUGCUGCAGGCAUCCGUGGCACCAGGAACAAAGGCCACAAAAGGAAGUUGAAUGACAAGGAUGGUGCCAGUGAGUCCAGCAAGGAGUCCAGCAACAAAGACGAGGAGGGCAGCAGCUCUGAGGCAGACGAGAUGACAGCAGCACUGGAGGCUGAGCUGAAUGAACUUAUGUGA